AUGUUUAGUGAAGUACGAUUUGAAUGUGGAGGGAACGUAAUUGACAGAGUAAGAAAUCCAGGAAUAGCUAGAACAUUAAAAACUCUUUGCUCAUUAACAAGAUCGGAAUACUAUCAUGCCUCUAAUACAGGUUUCGAAUAUCCAAAUGUUAAAGUAAAUGAAAAUACAGGAGAUUUUGAUUUUUGUGUUCCCUUGAAAUAUUUUCUUGGUUUCACUGAAGAUUAUAAUAAAAUUUUGAUAAAUCUCCGCCAAGAAUUAGUUUUAGUGCGCAGUAAUUCAGACAAGAAUGUUAUCGAAAGUCUUUUACCUAAUGUGAAGUUUAAUAUUAAUAAAAUAGUAUGGAAAGUCCCUCAUGUUUCUGUAGCCGAUGUUGAACGUUUAAAACUUUUAGAGUACAUAGAACAAGGAAUUGAAUUAGACAUGGGCUUUAGAUCAUUUGAUUUACAUGAAUACCCAUCAUUACCAAAAAGUAGACAACACACAUGGACAAUUAAAACAUCUACUCAAUUAGAAAAGCCCAGAUACUUUAUAUUAGGGUUUCAAAUCAAUAGAAAAGAUAAUCCGUUACGUUCUGCAUCACAAUUUGACCACUGUGAUUUAACAGAUAUGAAAGUGUUUUUAAAUAGUGAGAAAUAUCCCUAUGAAGCUUUAAAUUUAAAUUUUAAGACAGGUCAAAUUGCAGUUUUAUUGAAGGCACCAUCUAUCGCUCAUCUGGCAAAUUUAUCUGGUCACUUUUUUUAUUGUGUCACCUAG